UGACGUCAACGUUAUUUCCCUGACAUCCGGUUCAUUUCCAUGGACGCUUACUAAUGGAUGCCGGUGGCUUCUUGCAGUGAUUAAAAAACUACCUGGCAGAAUGCUAUCUACUCAAUCUGAAGAAGUGGAACUGAGCAAGAAACAUGAGGAAAUUCUAGGAAAGAGAGCUGUGCUGCUUCUGCAGAUGGAGAGUCUAUAUAAACAACAGAAGUGUACAAGGAAGCAGCAGGUGAAGAUGUCACAUGUUGCUCAUGAGAGAAACGCCCAACUCCUCCAGGACUUGCAGAAAAUUGAGAAUCGUCUUGGAACAAAACAACUCCCACACCCAGAUAUCCUCACUUUGGAGACACGUUACUGGGCGUCCGUUGAGGAGAACAUUCCAGAAUGGGAGCGCUUCCUACUGGGUAAGGGGCCACAUCCUAGCAGCAACCUUAGCAGAACACCUAAACCAUGGAAACAGAAAGCCAACCCACGCAACAGUUCUCCCACACAAGACAAGGCCCUGUCUCCUCAUCCUAUACUGAAACAUGCAAAAUGACCUGAAGGGGAAAAUGUACAUCAUUUGCAUGCAACAGGUAAAAUUAUAAUGUAGAUUAUUCAUUCAUGUCAAGUGCCUGGGCACAAGUGUUAUGAGGUAUUCUCCUAUGACAGUGUGCUUAGCAUUGACAGUCGGCUAAAAUUUUUUUCCCCCCUAUUUAUGUUUAUACUCCAGCACCUUUUUAUGAUCAGCAAUUUUGACAGUUCAAGGUCAAGCUUUGAUUUUGAACAUCAUCCAAUACUUCUAUAUGAUAUUUUCUUACCUCUCACUCUACAGAAUUUCCGCCCCUACUUUUUAUAAGCAAUACAUACACACACUGUGUAAGUAUAUGGUCUGUAGCACGUGAUUUUAAUACCACACCACCAGUAAUCUGAAACAAUGUGGUUUCCUAGAGUUCAUGUCUCCUGUCUGCCCACUAGGGGGAGGUAGCACCAUGGAUUUGGAAAACAAAGGCCAAACUCUACUCCAGCCUGAGGUCAUUCACUUCACCAUCUGUUACUCGUCAAUGAUUUAAUAACAUUUACUGUAAUUUAUGUGCAUAUCUUCUAACCUAGCUGUAUUCUGGUGCUUCACCAUUACAUGCAUAAUAUGUAUUAUUAACAGCUUUUAUUUUAUUUUAAAUGUCAACAUUAUGGUAAACCACAAUUACUCAUGUCAUUACUGUUCCCUUGUUUAAGCAAUUGAUAUGUAUAUGUCUCAAUAAACAUUAUCCGUUUACUGAU